GAUGGACCAUUCACGUACCAACCGUAAGCUGGUUUUGUUCAAAUUCCUGCAUGCGUUCUUUCUUUUAUGCAUGAGCACCUGCCUCGAAUCUACAGCACUUCGUAGCCUUACUCUGCUUGGAAAUGAAUGUGAUCGCUUGGCUCUGCUAGACUUCAAGAAAAGAAUAACUAAAGAUCCUUUGGAUGUCAUGAGCUCGUGGAAUCAUUCCGUCCAUUUCUGCAGCUGGGUUGGGGUUUCUUGCCACCGUUCCACCAAAAGAGUCUUGAUGUUGAACCUGGAAUCUCAAAAGUUGGUAGGCUCCAUUCCACCUUCCGUUGGAAAUCUUACUUAUCUUACUCGAAUCAAUUUGGGAGCCAACAACUUUCAUGGGGAAAUUCCUCCAGAAAUGGGUCGUCUACAAAGCCUACAAUAUCUCAACAUUUCUUAUAAUUCCUUCCGUGGGGUAAUUCCAACUAAUUUGUCACAAUGUACACAACUAAAAGUGCUUGAUCUACAAGACAAUCGGAUUAAGGGGUCCAUCCCCAACCAACUCAGUUCAUUGUUGAAUUUAAAAUGUCUGUUGCUUUAUGGUAACAGUCUCAUUGAAACCAUCCCACCAUGGAUAGGAAACUUUUCUUCUUUGCAGUUCCUUUAUCUUGGGAGCAACAAUUUGCAAGGAAGCAUACCAAAUGAGCUGGGGCAUAUAACAGGCUUGGUGGAAUUCAUAGUUGAGCUGAAUAAUUUGUCUGGUAUGGUCCCUUCUUCAAUCUAUAAUGUUUCUUCCAUACAAAUUUUCAGUGUUGCUGUCAACCAGUUGCAUGGAGAGCUACCACCAAAUCUCGGCACUAUGCUUCCUGAUCUUGCAGAAUUUUACUGCAAUGAGAACAAAUUCACAGGAAAUAUUCCUAUAUCAUUGUCAAAUGCUUCUAGACUUCAGAUUCUUGAAUUUUCUGGAAAUGGCCUAUCUGGGAUAGUCCCUGGUGAAAGUGUAGGAAGCUUGCAAAGCUUAUUGAAGCUAACCAUGGAAUUCAAUCAAUUAGGAAAUAGAAAAGUUGGUGACUUGAGUUUUCUCAGUUUCUUGGCUAAUUGCACUAGUUUGGAGGUUUUGGCACUUAGCGUUAAUAAUUUUGGAGGAGCAAUCCCGGGAUCCAUAGCCAACCUUUCGACCCAACUUAAGUAUCUCACACUGGGGGGAAAUUUUAUACAUGGAAGCCUCCGUAACGGCAUUGGAAACCUUAUAAACUUGACCGCUCUAAACUUAGAAAAUAACCAUUUGGACGGUAGUGUCCCGCAUGAAAUUGGGAAGCUAGAGAAGUUAGAGCAACUGUAUUUGGGUAGUAACGAAUUUUCUGGGUCAAUCCCGUCUUCCCUUGGUAACAUGACUUCAUUGUUAAACCUCCACAUGGAGUUCAACAGGUUUGAGGGUAAUAUACCUCCAAGUCUUGGGAACUACCGAAACAUUUUAGAUCUUAACAUUUCAAGUAACAACCUUAUGGGCACCAUACCUAAAACCCUCAUGGACCUUUCAACCCUUUCAGUUUCUUUAGACCUGUCUGACAAUUAUUUCACUGGUUCGCUGCCUUUUCAAGUGGGUGAUUUAGUGCAUCUCACAGAGCUAAAUGUAUUAAGAAACAAUUUAUCAGGUAAAAUCCCGAGCAACCUUGGCAGUUGUACUAGUUUGGAGCGCUUGUAUUUGCAAGUUAAUAAGUUUGAAGGAACAAUUCCUCAAUCUCUUAAAGAUUUAAAAGGCUUGGAAAGACUUGAUAUUUCAAGCAACAACUUGUCUGGGCAAAUUCCUGAGUUCAUAGGCGAGCUUGGUGCUCUCAAGUAUCUCAAUCUUUCGUAUAAUGAUUUUGAGGGUGAGUUGCCUAAAAAAGGUAUUUUUGCAAAUACCAGUGGUGUCUUUGUUGUUGGAAAUCAUAGGCUUUGUGGUGGCAUCCCACAAUUCUAUUUACCUUCAUGCCACCCAAAAAAGCACCAUUCAUCUCGAGGACUAUUUUCUCCAAAAGUAGUCAUCCCUAUAGCCUGUGCACUUGCAAUCAUAAUUGCUCUAUCAUGCCUCUUUGGUGCUUGUUCAAUGUUGAAAAGGUCAAGAGAUAGACUCAUAACUUCACAUUCUUAUAAGGAUUGGAAAUCAGGUGUCUCCUACUCACAACUCUUUGAAUCAACUAAUGGGUUCUCUGUAGAUAAUUUGAUUGGUUCAGGAAGUUUUGGUUCUGUUUAUAAAGGGAUAAUUCCUAGUGAUGGAACAGUAGUUGCUGUUAAGGUAUUCAACCUUCAACAACAAGGAGCCUCCAAGAGUUUCAUAGAUGAAUGCAAAGUUUUAGGGAGUAUAAGGCAUCGUAAUCUUCUCAAGAUCAUAACUACAUGCUCAAGCAUUGAUAAUCAGGGCCAGGACUUCAAAUGUCUAGUUUUCGAGUUCAUGAAAAAUGGAAGUCUAGACUCAAUGUUGUAUCCAAGAUAUGAGGAGGAAUCUGUAAGUAAAAGAAUGAGUUUUAUGCAAAGAUUGAACAUUGCCAUUGAUGUUGCUUCUGCGUUAGAUUGUCUCCACCACCAUUGGGAAACAGCCAUUGUUCAUUGUGAUCUAAAGCCGAGCAACGUACUUCUUGAUAAAGAUAUGGUAGCCCAUGUAGGGGAUUUUGGUUUAGCAAGGUUUCUAUAUGAAACAUCAAAUGAUCCCUCAUUCAGUCAAACAAUGUCAUCUCAGCUAAAGGGUUCUAUAGGCUACAUUCCUCCAGAGUACGGCACAGGAGGCCAGGUUUCCAUACUUGGAGAUGUUUACAGCUAUGGGAUACUAUUGUUGGAAAUGUUCAUAGGAAAAAGGCCUACCGAUGACAUGUUCAAAGACGGUCUAAGCAUUUACCAAUUCGUAGCCAUGGCUUUGCCUGACCAUGUCAUGGACAUUGUUGACCAUUCAAUUAUCCUUGACCUCGAAGCAGAUGGUGAUGUCAACGAUGACAUAGUGCGAGAACGAACUCCAUCUAGACGUAACAAUCGUGGCCCGGUGAAAGCAAAGAAAUUAAAGGAAUGCUUGGUUUCAAUGAUGCAUAUUGGACUCUCUUGCUGUGCAAUGUCGCCGAGGGAGCGGAUGCUAAUGGACGAUGUUGUCAGAAAAAUGAGCGCAAUCAGAGACUUGUACCUCAAUGUUUAAGAAGACUUGAGAAGGACAAAGUAUGUUGCUCAAAGGAGAAAGGACAUGAUCACUCAUUAAUUAUAUUUUCCACUCUCUACUCACCAAAAUUUUCUUUUUAUUUUUGCUUUCACUCUCUUGCUAUCGCUUUGAAUUUUGUCUCGUUGAUGUUUGUGUUGUGUUUACUUAUAUGACUUGAAGCUUUCGGAUUUUAAUUUGUGUGCUUUUCAGAAUUUUAAUGAUUAGCGGUUUUUGUUGGAUAAUUUUUUUUAUGUUCUUUGUUGAAUGGCUAACUUCUGCAAAAAGUAGAAAUUGCAAAUGGUCUUAGUAGUGUGAGAGAGAAGGUGGAUAAUAAAAAAAUUGCUAGUUCCA